AUGAAGAUGUCAAUUAACAAAGUCAAGAGCAUGAUCUGCACAACCUUAACAAAGUCAAUGCCAGCCAUUGCCUUCUUUGGGAGAAUGGCAUUUUCCUUUGUCUUUCUCAUUACUGCUAUCCAAGAUUAUGCUGAUCAUUAUGGUGGUGGCGCCGGCGGGCCACUCGAGAAGACAAUGGGACCAGCCGUGAACGUGUUGAGCAAAUAUGGUUCUAAGGCUCUCACAUUUUACUUUGGAAUGCAAGUGGUCGCAUUCGAUGUUCGACUUAUUGAGUUCGCACUCAUAAGUGCAAAGGCAACCGCAGCUUUAUGGUUCAUCUUUGGACAAUCCAUCCCAGCUUACUUCUUGCUCGUAACUCAAAUUUUCUCAACUGUUAUUCCUUUCCCUACCAACUUGAAUGACUUCACUCAGAAUUUGACGUUAAUCGGGGCGUUGCUAUAUUACAUUGGAUUGAAGCAUACUAUCGACAACCUCGAUGAGGAGAAGAACAAGGAGAAUGAGACAGAAGGAUGAUAAGGCCUUAACUUCCAGAGCCAAAGCAAAAGCAAAUUGAAAGUGACAACUUCACAAACUCCAUUGCUUUAUUUCCGUAGUUCCCAUUAUGUCUUUUGUUUUCUUUUUAUCUAAUCAGACGACUAUUUGAGCUUAUGGUUACCAAAAAAGUGAUAUCACUUUGGAUCUAAUGUGUUUGUCUGCUGUUAUGUUUCCUGGUUCCUGCAUUGGAUUGUUCACCUUGU